AUGGCGGUGUGGCUGCCAUUCACCUCGGCUCGCACGGUGCGUGCCGUUGGGUUCAUGUGCUCAUACGGACAGGAGGCCCGCGAUGCUGUCGGCGGGCNNNNCGGCGAUUUCCUGUCGCGGUACCGGCUGGUGUCGGCCAAGCUGCGGCGGCGGUUCCUGCGGAAACCGAACGUGGCGGAGGCGGCGGAGCAGUUCGCGGCGCUGGCGCGGGAGCUGCGCGCCCAGGAGAGCCUGCCCUACGCGGCCUGGUGCCAGCUGGCCGUGGCGCGCUGCGCCCAGAGCCUGUUCCACGGCCCCGCCGGGCGGGCCGGGCUGGGCGGGGCGGCCGGGGCCGGGGCCGCGCCCGGCGGCGCCUUCCUGGACGUGCUGGCGCGCUGCGAGGUGUCGCGGGUGCUGCUGCUGCUCCUGCUGCAGCCGCCGCCCGCCAAGCUGCUGCCCGAGCACGCCCGCACGCUGGAGCAGUACUGCUGGGAGGCGCCCGACGGCGGAGCGGGCGCCGGGAGCGGCUCCGGGACGGGCGGGGCGCUGCCGCCGGCCGCCAGCUACCUGCCGGCCGAGCUGUUCCUGCUGCUGCAGUCGGCAGUGCUGGCCUGCCAGGAGAAGGACGCGGAAGCGCUGAAGGCGCUGCAGGCCGAGCUGUGGCCGCUGCUGAGCGCCGAGCAGAACCAUCUGCUGCACCUGGUGCUGCAGGAGAUGCUGAGCCCCGCCGGACAGGGGCUCUGAGCGCCGCCGCCCGCGGGGACUGCUCGGACUGGUCGCUUCAGCCGGUGCCAGCACAGACUCUAUUCCGUUAUUUAUUUUUAAUACGAGUUGAAGUAAUGGUUGGUGAGAGAAUGCGUUCAUCUACAUGUUCGCCUUGUGUCAUAGUAAACUGCUCACUGUAUGUGCUGAAAGUUGUCGUGCUUGGAAGAAGUGUAGCCUUAAAGCAGAAAGGCCAUUUCAGGGCAGAAGGAAGCUUUUCAUUAAAAGACUGGCUGCAA